CAAGUUCAUAUUCUUGUUCCUCUACAAGGCUGAAAGACCGACUCUCGAACUCCAGUGAGUUCCAUUCCAUUGUUGAGUUCGGGAUGCACGUGACUAUUUUCCAUGCCUCCAACCAACAUCAAUCCAACAGCUGCAUUCAUCCAUCCCAUCACAUCAUCUUCUCUUUCUCCCUCUCCAUCCAACCUCCUCACCUCCUCACAACCCAAUUCCCCUCUCCAAAUCUGCAAUCACCUCACCAGAAAAACCCUCCUCUCCUCAACCCCUCCAUUCCAACCCCACCUUCAACACAUGUCAUCCACCCACACCACCAUUCACAACCCACACAACGUCUUUCUUGUUCCUGACUCCUCCCACCCAACCAUCUCCCCCAUCUAUUUAUGGCUCUCUCGCGCAUCAUUCGUCUGGUGUGGUGCGGUGUGGCUCGUAUUCUCGCCACCACCAAUCGUGUCGAUCGCAGGCCAACCAAUGACAUCUCCCAUCUCCCAUCCUGAGGAAAAUUAAUAUAGGGUGCGUUUGAAACGUUGCUAGAAGUUGGAUAUGCUGCAGAUGGGCAACAACAAGUCAGAGGCGCCGGAGGGGGGUUUGGGGCAUUGGAGUUGUAUGCAUGAACGGUUCAGUAG